GCUCCGCCCACAACCAUAUAGUAUGUAAAGAGAAAAUCUGUUUUCCUUAACUGUUCUCUUUGAUCUCAGGAGAUUCUCUUCUCGUCAGAUAAUUAAGGAGUUAACAUCUGCUCAUUAGGAUGAAGCUGCUCCUGGCCUUAUACCUUUUGUCUUUGUUUUUCUACUCAGUGUCCAUGUUGCAAUGUUUGAAAUGCGAAAGUAAAUCAAAUCAGUGUAUCGACACACUUACACAACAAUGCGGCCCAGAUGAAUUAUGUGGUUAUUCAGCAUUCAGUAUGAAUUUUCCAGGACAGAAUGAGAAUAACACUGAAGUAAAACGGGAAUGUGUUGAACGAAAGGUAUGCGAUCAAUUAGGCGCAGUUGGCAAAGAUGUGUUUGCCACAAUGGAUGGUGGACUGGUAAAUGGCUCAAUUUUCAUGUCCUGUUGUGAGUCUGAUAACUGCAACAACAUUACCACCCCUGAACCAGACACUAGGCCAAAUGGUCUGAAAUGUCUAACCUGCAGGGACUUAAAAGGAUUGUGCAACUCUACCGUGUCAUGUGUGGGAAAUCAGGAUCACUGUUUGACAUUCAAAGUUCUAUUUUUCCAGGAGUUGGAGCUUCCCAUGGGGUGCGUCUCUAAACCUUUAUGUGGUCAAUCUAAGAGCCUUUUUGGUCAAUUUCAAUGCUGUUCGGGGAACUUGUGUAACAAGAGGCAAAGUCUGGAUCAGAGUACACCUCAGAAUUAAAAAAAAAAUCAAUCCAAAUAAUUUAACAAACUAUUUUUUCCCCUCUUACUUUUUCUCCUCUUACUCCUAAAUUCAACAAGUAUUUAAUGUUUGGUUUAGUUAAGCAUGUCAUAACUAAAGCAUAGGACUGAAAGUCAAGCAUCAUAUUUAGUCCUCUAAAUACAAUAUAUUUGCUUAAAACGGCAUUAAAAUAAGUGUGUUGAUUUAAUGCUUAAAAGUGUUUCCAUUACCAGACAGCAAAAAUAUGUAAUACAAUGUUCUCGUUGUGGCAUUUGAUGCAUAAAGCAUAUUUCAUUAACCCUUUAAAAGACACACAAUAAAAAUCUUUGUGAUUUUUUGCAUGAA